AACAGCAAGUGUUUUAAAUUCAGGCUAUAAACUGUUGUGUUUUUUGAGUGAGUAAAAGGACUAGCUACCGGAAAUGUCUGCUAUGGUGAUGAGUGUUGACCAGCCGCAGGUCGCCGGGAUGUUUCAGCGCUAUCCGACGCCGCCGCCAUUAAACUAUCCCUUCAACGGUUUUGGUUAUGGCGGGCCCGGCGGCCAGCAUCCACAAGACUACAAUCAGUUCCAAGUACCCGACAAUGGAGUCCAGCAUCCAUGGUACAUGUACGGCGCCCGCUCCGAUGAAUGGGGCUAUGGCGGAUCCGGCGUAUCCGGCGCACAGACCGCCAUGACGAGCACACCGACGGCGAUGGGCGGCUACCCCUACCGUCCAGUGGGUCUGGACUACACGCAGCCUGGGGUUCAGGCACCCUCCGAUUCCCCCGCAGACACCAGCUCAUCCAGUUCCUCCACCGGUUCGCCAACCAACAAGCAGCUGCGGCCGCCAUAUGACUGGAUGAAGAAGGCCAGCUACCAGUCUGCUCCCAUUUCCGGCAAGACGAGGACUAAAGACAAGUACCGCGUGGUGUACAGCGACCACCAGCGCCUGGAGCUGGAGAAGGAGUUCCACUACAGCCGCUACAUCACCAUCCGCCGGAAGGCCGAGCUCGCACAGACAUUGCAGCUUUCAGAGAGACAGGUGAAGAUCUGGUUCCAAAAUCGUCGCGCCAAGGAACGAAAGCAGAACAAGAAACGCGAGGAGAAUCAGGUUCUUAAGAUGGCCUCCGACCUCUCCGAUCUGUCCGAUGACUCAAAACAUCAUAUGACGUCACAGAUGAACAUGGUGGCAGCACUUCCGCAGCACCAAGUCCAGAUGACCGCGCCAUCACCCAACGCCAUGCACGCACAUAAUCCGUUCAGCUACCCAGAGCAAGUGCACAUGUCACCACAGAACGCGCUGUCACCGCACACUCACAUGACAGGAAGUGGCGGUCAGUUCUCCUCCCCCAACCACCUCCAGCUGCCGAUCUCCCCCGGAAACGACCAUCCUGGCGCCGCCCCUCCACAGUCCUGCUCUGUGUCUCCACAGCCGCUUGCCAUCAAGACAGAUGUGGAUGCGAUUGACGCUCAUGAGUGAAUAAUUGUUUAUGAAUUUAAUUCAGAUCUGAUAAAGUGUAAUUUAUAAAUACAGAUAAACUUAAUGUAAAUAAAAUAUAACAAUGUUAAAUGUACUAAUGAAAUAAUGCGCGAAAUUGCAAGAGCUGUCAUUGUAGUUUUGAAAUUGAAAGUACUCAAUGUGUCAUAAAAGUCAGCAAAAGUUGUUAUUGAGUGGUUAAUUGUUAAUAAUAUAAAAAAUUAAAGUAUUCCAUUUUUAUUCUUUAAAUGGGUCACUUCUCAGUUUUGCAACUCUGUGGGUAGUUUUUUUAAUGAAAAAGUGGAAAAAAAUACAAACAGAUUCCUGCAAAUGCUCGAAAAGUGUUCAAUACCUAAUUAUAUUGAAAGACGCAAAAUAGGCAAGUUUUAAGUAAAACUUACAUGAAAUCUUAAAGAUGAAUAAAUAUCUGUAGAUAAAUAAAAAUAAUAUCAGAACAUUUAAUUACAGAGUAAUAUGUUGUUAAAAGUAUAACUGAACAAUAUGUAUAUAAGAUAAA